AUGGCGUUGGGACUCCGGGAAGGCGGCGCCGGCGAGCUGCAGGGCAAGGAGGGCAGCGGUGAGGCCACGGCGGCGGCUCCGGCGUACCGCUACGCCGCGAGCGACUCGUUCGCCUACGACGACAUGCCGCCGCUGCCGCAGCAGAUGGACCGGCAGCCGCCCCUGGUGCUCGGCGGGGAGGGGAUGCUCGGCGACGGCCGGAUCCCGGCGUCCGUGUUCGAGCGGGACACGUCGGAUCCCGGCAAGGACUGGAGCAUGAUGUCCACCGAGUCGGUGUUCGGGCUCCAGGUCGCGCCCUCCUGCGACUUCACCGGCUACUUCCUCUCGCACCCGGAGCUCAUGGACAUCGCCACGCCGCCCCGCGACAGCUCCGCCGACGUCUCCCGCCCCUCCGCCACGUCCACGCCGCGGCAGUUCAAUGCCGUCCCGGAGCUCGGCGACGCCGCCCCGAGCUACUCCUUCGCCUUCCCCAACCUGAUGGAGGACAGGAGGUACAGCUCCAAGAGAGCUCAGGAAUCUAGCGAGAUGCCGGCGACGCCGAGAACGGCGCGGGCGGGGGAGCCGGCUGCGGAGACGACGGCGCUGGGGGAGGGGGCAAGCAGCAAACCGGAAGCGGAGCCGGAAGCGCCGAAGGGAGGCAUGUUCUCGUGGUUGCCCUGCUGCUCUUGA